CAGUUUUAUUUUGUUCUAUGGGCGUUGAUAAUCAUGCAAAAUGGCCAACGAUUUGUGGUCAUGUACCUGUUGUACGGAGGCUCUGACUUGCUGGCUACGUCUGAAGCUGUCGCCAGAGGAGAUAGAGCAGCGGUACAGGAGCAAGGAGAUCGACAGGAUCCUAGAGAAAGACAAGCAGACGCUCCGGCGGCAGGUGAAGCUGUUGCUGCUCGGUGCGGGUGAAAGCGGAAAGUCAACAUUCUUGAAACAGAUGAGGAUUAUACAUAAAGUGAAGUUCGAGCCGGAGCUGGUGCGAGAGUACCAGCAUGUGAUAUAUCAGAACAUUGUGAAGGGCAUUCAGGUGUUGGUUGACGCGCGAGACAAGCUCGCGAUCCCGUGGGAAAAUCCGCGCAACUUGGACAUCGGGCAGCAGGCUCUGCACUUCAACAGUACGGCGACUCUCGACAACCGACUGUUUAUGCACUACGCGCCGCACAUACACUCCUUAUGGCUGGACAGGGCUAUCAAAAGGGCCUACGACCGACGGAGAGAAUUUCAAUUGAGUGAUUCAGUGAGCUACUUCUUCGACGACCUAGAACGCAUUGCACGACCAGACUACAUCCCAUCACAUCAGGACAUUCUCCAUUGCCGCAAAGCGACCAAGGGCAUCACGGAGUGCACCAUCAAUAUCAACAAUGUGCCAUUUGUGUUUGUGGACGUCGGCGGGCAACGGACUCAACGUCAGAAAUGGACGCAGUGUUUUGACUCUGUCACUUCGAUACUGUUUCUUGUGUCCUCGUCGGAAUUUGACCAAGUGCUCUCAGAAGAUAGGAAAACAAAUCGUCUCGAAGAAGCGCUCAAUAUAUUCGACACGAUCGCGAACAACGUCAAUUUCAAGGGCAUAUCCAUAAUACUGUUCCUCAACAAAUCCGACCUGCUGGCCAAGAAGGUGACAAGUAAAGAGACUGACAUACGUUGGUACUACCCACAGUUCACAGGCGACCCGCACAAUUUGCGCGACGUUCAAGUGUUCCUAUUGAACAUGUUCGCCAAUGUUCGCCGCGAGCCAAAGACGACUCUGUACCACCACUUCACGACUGCCAUCGACACGCACAACAUCGAGGUCGUUUUCAAUUCCGUCAAAGACACGAUCCUCAAUAGAAACCUGGAAUCUCUAAUGCUGCAGUGACGUGGAACGAACAUUGUGAUUUUGUGUUGAAAGGAAUUUUUAUUGUGAUAUCUAUGGGCAAUAUUAUGCGCCCUUACGUCGGCGUGUCUAUUAAAAAAUCCUAUAUCCUGUCACUCAAGCAUAAUAGUUAAAAAGCACAUGAUGAAAAGACAAGAAUGUGAUGUAUUAAGUGACUAUGGGCCUUCGCACAUGGCCUACUUUUCUAGUUAUGGUUGUUAAUGUAAAUUAUGUAAUUUUGGCACACGUUAUAUUUAUUUACCAAACUAAGUUUUGGUAAAAUUAUGUAUAGGUCUUAUCAUGUAAUAUGAUACAAUUUGUAUAUCAGUAUAUAUAUGACCAAAAAUGUAGAUUUUGCACUUGAAUUAUAUUAUUAUGAUCACUUUUUGGACAUUUUUACGUAUGUAUCUAAUCGAUUGUAUUUACAUGCGGACAAGGGAUUAGAUGACGACACGGUAUACUGCUAUCUACACACUAGUGUUAGAUUUCUAUCUGUAUACAACGUGUAGUUGGUAUAAUUUGUCAUAGACAAAAUUUAGUAUGAAGCGAUUGGAUCUAGAAAUUUCCAUGCUACGCAAGUGGUGAUAGCAACGUGCGGUAACACAGGCACUGUGGGAGUAAAUUCCCGCGCCCCACCAAUCUUUUAACUUUAGGUUUUCCCCACGUAAUUUUACCCAUAUAAAUAAUUACACAUUUCUGUUCAUAAAUUCAUGUUAUAAACUUGUUCUGUCUUUUGUUUUAAAUUAUUAUUUGACUAUUUCCACUGAUCAACCUAUCACUGUCGUUUAAAGUCACAAUAGUAUUUUUUUUCCGACCGUGAUAAAAUCAAUCAAUCAGAGU